AGCAGACGCAAAUGCCGCCUCUAUGCGUGUAUCGGCAACGUGGUGUCGGUCCUCACCAUCCAUUCAGAUUAUACUCUCCCUUUCCCCCAACCUAACAAUAAUCCCUCCCUCUCAUCCUCACCCUCCUCUAUUUCUUCGUCGCCGCCCUCCUCCUUCCCUUCACCUCCUCCUUCUCUUCUUACUCCUCCUACUCCUCCUUUUCCUCUUCCUCUUCUUCGCAAUCGUCUUCGGCGUCGUCCUCCUCCCUCGAAACACCGAGACGCCAUUGAAGAACAUAGGAUAAAUGCGACCGACCAAUUGUGCUGGGCCAAACUCGGUCACCAAUCUACAGGUGCAGCUUCAGUUUCUGCUACGUACAUGUGGAGGCAUAGUAAGGCAUGUACACAAUCGGAGAUGUGA